CAAUGGGAGCCUUCCAACGAACAACUGCUCGUCCAAUCACAGUCCUCCACGAUAGGAACGAAGUAACGGGUUAUAUACGGCGAGUCUCAUUCAUUCCUACACCAUUUAACACAUUCACAACUUGGAAAUACAUGAGAUAGAGACACGCAUCGCGACGCAACCAACGUAAUUUCCAUUACGCUCCGGAUAGGAUAUUCAUUAUUAGUAGUGAAGAUUACAGAAUAAAAGGAAAAUGAAGCUGUUGUGCAUAGCAUUGCUGGUGGUCGGCACCGUGUUUGCCGAUGACGACGACAAAAGGGAAAGCGUCGGAACCGUGGUUGGGAUCGACCUGGGUACCACGUAUUCUUGUGUUGGAGUUUUCAAGAACGGCCGUGUGGAAAUCAUCGCCAACGACCAGGGAAACCGCAUCACCCCAUCUUAUGUGGCCUUCACUGCCGAGGGUGAGCGUCUCAUCGGUGAUGCUGCCAAGAACCAGCUGACCUCCAACCCUGAGAACACUGUGUUCGAUGCCAAGAGAUUGAUUGGCCGCGCCUGGGGCGACUCUUCUGUCCAGCAGGACCUCAAGUUCCUCCCAUUCAAAGUUGUGGAGAAGAAGACUAAGCCCCAUAUCCAGGUGGACAUCGGUGGCGGCACCAUGAAGACCUUCGCCCCUGAGGAGAUCUCUGCCAUGGUUCUGACCAAAAUGAAGGAGACUGCUGAAGCCUACCUGGGCAAGAAGGUCACUCAUGCUGUGGUCACAGUCCCCGCCUACUUCAACGACGCCCAGCGCCAGGCCACUAAGGAUGCUGGGAUCAUUGCCGGUCUUAAUGUCAUGAGGAUCAUUAAUGAGCCUACCGCUGCCGCCAUUGCUUAUGGUCUGGACAAAAAGGACGGCGAGAAGAACAUCCUGGUGUUCGAUCUCGGCGGUGGCACAUUCGACGUCUCCCUGCUGACCAUCGACAACGGCGUUUUCGAGGUGGUGGCCACCAACGGCGACACCCAUCUGGGAGGCGAGGACUUCGAUCAGCGCGUCAUGGAGUACUUCAUCAAGCUGUACAAGAAGAAGACCGGCAAGGACGUGCGCAAGGACAACCGCGCCGUGCAGAAGCUGCGUCGGGAGGUGGAGAAGGCCAAGAGGACCCUGUCAGCCCAGCACCAGGCCCGCAUUGAGAUUGAGUCCUUCUUCGAGGGAGAGGACUUCUCAGAGACCCUGACCCGUGCCAAGUUUGAGGAGCUCAACAUGGAUCUGUUCCGGUCCACCAUGAAGCCCGUGCAGAAGGUCAUCGACGACUCCGACCUGAAGAAAACCGAUAUCGAUGAGAUCGUCCUGGUCGGAGGCUCCACCCGUAUCCCCAAGAUCCAGCAGCUGGUGAAGGAGUUCUUCAAUGGCAAGGAGCCCUCCAGGGGCAUCCACCCCGAUGAGGCCGUGGCCUACGGAGCUGCCGUCCAGGCUGGAGUGCUGUCCGGAGAGGAGGACACCGGUGACCUGGUUCUGCUCGACGUGUGCCCCCUGACACUGGGAAUUGAGACCGUCGGAGGUGUCAUGACCAAGCUGAUCCCCAGGAACACCGUGGUGCCCACCAAGAAGUCCCAGAUCUUCUCCACCGCCUCAGACAACCAGCCCACCGUCACCAUCAAGGUCUAUGAAGGCGAGCGUCCCCUGACCAAAGACAACCACCUCCUCGGAACCUUCGACCUCACCGGCAUCCCCCCGGCACCCCGCGGCGUGCCCCAGAUCGAGGUGACCUUCGAGAUCGACGUGAACGGCAUCCUGCGAGUCACGGCCGAGGACAAGGGCACGGGCAACAAGAACAAGAUCACCAUCACCAACGACCAGAACCGCCUGACGCCCGAGGACAUCGAGCGCAUGGUGAACGACGCCGAGCGCUUCGCCGACGAGGACAAGAAGCUCAAGGAGCGCAUCGACGCCCGCAACGAGCUGGAGAGCUACGCCUACUCCCUGAAGAACCAGGUGGGCGACAAGGAGAAGCUGGGCGGCAAGCUGUCGGACGAGGACAAGGAGACCAUCGAGAAGGCCGUCGAGGAGAAGAUCGAGUGGAUGGAGUCGCACCAGGACUCGGACCUGGAGGAGUUCCAGGCCAAGAAGAAGGAGCUGGAGGAGAUCGUGCAGCCCAUCGUCAGCAAGCUGUACGGCAGCGCCGGAGCCCCGCCACCAGAGGGCGCCGAGCCCGAGCCCGACCAGGAGGAGAAGGAUGAGUUGUAGGGGGGCGUUUCGUCUUGAUGCUCUAUUCCGUCACCCCUUGCCUCUCUGGUAGUGGCGCCAAGAUGUACAUAAUGGACAAAUCGGACUCAAACGGUGUGAGAGGAAUGAUGGCUAAGGGGGUAGAGAUUUAAAAAGCAACCAUGUUAAGGCUUUUUGAAAAAGACAUUUUGGAAUCCAUUGCAUUGUUCAAGAGGGGUGGUUCCUUCGCCGAGGGCGGAGAUUUUUGUCAGCCCAAGUUUGAGGCUUGCUACUGCUGUUCUCAGGCAGUUCUGAAAAGGUUCUUUGGGAGGGGCUUAGUUGGGGUGGGGUGGGUGUGACUCUGCGGGUCUAAGGCCUCAACACGUUCACAGGCAUUGUUAACAAGUUAUUUAUUGAAUCUGGUCAUUGUAGAAACGCCUUUCUACUGGAAAGACAUUGAAAUAAAUGUUUGAUACAAUGUU